AUGUCACACGUUGCAAGGUCUCCAGUGCGAGGGAUUGUGUCCCGAUCCAACUCACUUGAUUCGUUAAUAAGAAUAUGGGUGAGACCGUAUAUUCCUGAUUGUAUUGGGCUAGUUAUUCUAAGUGUAGCAUAUCUAUUUCUCGUCAGGUUUAUCGAACCUUUCCAUCGAAUGUUCUUCAUCAAUAAUAUCAAUCUACAGUACCCUCAUGCCGCAGUAGAGCGAGUUUCAGUGUCAAGAAACGUCAUAUACGCAGGUCUUAUUCCGCUUCUUGUUCUCUUUACGUGGCUUGGGGUCGAAAAGGCCUCUCUCCACAAGUUAAAUGUCACUCUACUAGGAUUCCUCAUAAGCAUCGCCCUUGCACUAUUUAUCACAGAUUCAGUUAAAAACGCAGUUGGUAGGCCCCGGCCAGAUUUAAUUGCAAGAUGCAAACCAGCCCCCAGGACACCCGAAAAUAUUCUCGUAACAAUUGACGUAUGCACAGAAACCGACUUUUCUAUGCUUCAUGAUGGAUGGAGAAGUUUUCCAUCUGGGCAUUCUUCGUUCGCAUUCAGUGGUUUAGGAUUCCUGUCGUUUUUUUUAGCCGGCCAAUUGCAAGUUUUUCGUCCAAAUAAGAAUUUGUUAGGUACACUUCUGAGUAUUGCCCCUAUAAUGAGCGCUAUUAUGAUUGCCAUAAGCCGCUGUGAAGAUUAUCGCCACGAUUGGUACGAUGUGAUAUCUGGUUCUAUAAUAGGCAUAUCUACAGCCUUCUUUUCAUACAGGAGAUACUAUCCUCGUUUGCAGUCUCGUCGUUGCGAGGAACCAUUUACUCAUAAAAAUACACGAUCAGCAGAAGGAAUUAGAAGGAUUAAAAAUGAUGAAGAAUCCGCCAGGCCAUCUCGGGAUUUUAGGUCUAGUGAUGAUGAAGAUGUAAAAUAA